AAUUACACUUUUCCUAAUAAUAAUAAUAAUAAUAAUAAUUUAUUUAUUAAUAGCCAACAAGAGUUUUACAAUAAUUAUCUUGCUAGUUUUCAACAUCAUUUGAUGAGUGAUCAACUUCAGGUGGCGCAAGCUCAGGCUCAGGCUCAAGUGAUGCAACAAUAUUACAUGAGUAUGUUAGGAGUUACAGGAACAAUGCCUGGAAUAAGUCCUAAUUAUUGUGGUAAUCCUUACCCAAGUUACAAUAGUAACAUAAUUAAUGGGCCUCAAAAUGGUGGCACGACUUCGACAGUCGCGAAUACGGUGAAGAUGAUGCUUGAGAUGAUGGGGAAUAAUGGUACCGGUGGACUAACUGGCAGUGCCGCCGCCAUUGGAGGGAUCGGAGCCACUGGUUUUGGAAGUGAAGGUUUUAGCGCCCUCUGUUUCCUUGGCGGCAUACUUGGUGGCUUUGGCUUAUGAAUUACUUGAGUGAAUGGACAAUUUUAAAUGUCAUUUCCUUUCCCUCUCUUACGCUUUGUUUGGAUAGCAAAGA